AUGGUAGAUCCUGGGGUACACGCUUACGCUGCAAUGGCAUUGCUUGAAUUGGCCAAACAUCUCGACUCGGCAUUGUAUUACAGGAAAGCCAAGAAAGCUGCGGAAUCGAAUUUGUCAUUUCUUGCUUCUUUUGAUCGGUUGAGUCUGGACGAGGAAGAUACAAAACGCACACUCGAGAGCGUACUCCAAGUGGCAGAGUCAAAGAUCCUACUUGGUGUUACUGGUAAAAUCUCUGAGCCAAACGUUAGGGAGGCAGAGAAUGUUCGAGUUGUGGAUGCUGUUGCAGGCAAAAGACUGAAGUCGUAUUGGGCUGGUAUGGGUGCUGAGAGUAAGAAGAAGUUUCUGAGAGUAAGCAUCGCAGAGCUUACAAGUUAUGUUGAGGGAUUGUUUGGUAGAGAAGGAGAAGAAGAGUGGGAGCAAGUUCUUGAUUCUGCAAGGAGGAACAAGAAGUGGAGAUUCUGGAUGUGCCGAACUUGUUCGCUUAAGUUCUUUCAUCACAAGAAGUUUAAGAACCAUCUCGAGCAAGCACAUGCCGCGAAGUUUAAACCUUCAACGACGAAGCAUAUGGCUCAGAGGGUGGAUGAAGUGUGGGCUGGUAUGCUAUCAUCGGCUGCAGCAGAAUGGGAACCAGUUGAUACAGUAGCUGCUGGUGAGAUGAUCAAGACUCGGCUCGAGCUUGUGAAAGCGUUUGUGUAUGAGAAUGGAUGGUCCAGAGACUGGCCUUUAGCUGCAGAUGGAGAGCGCAGGAAGCUGCUCAAGCAAAUCCAGUUGCUUCUUGUGUUGCUUCGAGAGCGGAAGAUUCUUUCUUGUGGCGUUCGAGACUGGAUGAUGCUUUUUGUGAUCAUGUAA